UCUUCUUCAAUAUACUCCAAAAAUCAGUUAGUGCCACCGCUUUGCCGAUAUUAGAUGUUCUACACUGUGAUAUUGUAAUAUUUUUGUGAAAUGAUGAUUUAAACAGAUAUUAAAAAUCGUAUACAAUCGAUUCAAGUGAUAAGUUCAAAGUGUCGCUUUGUACUUUUUUUUUUAUUUGAAUAUGAAUAAUUGAAGACAUUGUCACGCCCAGGAAAAUCCAUGGGCCGUAAAAGGUGGUGGCGAGGAGGUUUGUGGGAGCUUAUGUUAUUGCUCUCUACCUUUAAUCGUGUUAUUGUAGGUGACGAUGAAGUAGGCUGUCUGUUUAGUAAAAAUUUAUGUGCACCGGAAACUUGUUUCAAUGAUUUGGCGUUUGGACGAUGUAUACCUUUUUACAUAGACGAAGGACUUAAAGAUUUGUAUCAAUAUAAUUUGGAAAUAGAAGAUUUGGAAUUCCUAAAAUUGCAACUUGAAAGACUUGAAUCCAAUGGAUAUAAAUGGUCUCAUCCAUAUACACAAUGUAUAAUACAAAAUUCAUUACUCAAUAUUCGUUACAGAUUGGACAAAGACCUAACAUUUUGCGAGUAUUUAAGCUCACAAACAGAUAGUCAAUUUAUGGAUAGAGAGAAAGAAGUUGAUGAUUCUGAGAAUAUAAUUAGACCAAUUGCUGUAGUAAAAUUUACUCCUAGUGAAUUUUAUCCCCAUGGAGAUUAUGCUGAUGAAUUAUAUUAUCCACCUGAAAUUGGUGAAAAGCCAAGUCGACAUUUAAAAAAUUUGCAUUCAUCAAGUUUUUCAUCUCCUUCACUUUAUCAAUUUCCGUCCUUAAAUGAUGAAUUUUCAAAUGAUCCAUAUAAAAAUGAGAGAAAAUUAAAGAGAAGUAUUUUGGAACUUGUUGAUAAUGAUGAUGAUGAUGAUAAUUAUUAUCCGUCUCAAAUUAGACAAAAUCCCUCUUUAUUCAUUUCACCAAAACAAAUACAUAUUUCAAAAAAUAUUAUGAAACGAGUAUAUGAUGAUGAAGAAGAAGAAGAGGAAGACGAGGAAAAUUUAUAUAAAAGAAAAUUGGAUUUAGAAUUUUUGAAAAAUAACAUGAGAGAGCAUCAGCAAAGUGUGUUUCGAAAUAUUCCCAAGGAUAUUUAUAAAGUCGACGAGGAUGAUCCAAUAUCUACUAAUGUUAAAGAAAUAGAAUUUUCUGAUGAAAAUAAAGAGAAUCAAAAUAAAUAUAAUUUAGCUGAUAUUCCCAUGGAUUUUCUAUCAGAUUUAAGUCAAGUUUACACAGAAGAUGAUGUUGUACCUUUGCAGAAUGAUAAAAUUGAAACACCUGAAAAUCUUGAUUUAACAUUUGAUUUAAAUUCUGAUUUAUGGGAUCGUGAACUUGCUGGUUUUAAAAGAAGAGAACGACUGGAUGUUAAGAAACCAGGCCCAGCUUUUGCUGUGAAUCAAUAUAAAUUGAAAUCCAAAUUUACGCCACAUUUCAAUGAAGAGAAUCAAGAUGAGGAAAAUGAUAAAUUGUAUGCACCGCAAUCUAAAAAAGAAUUAGGUUCAAUAUCUCACAAUAUAGGACAACAAAUUGAUUAUAAAAAUGUUGAUUUAGAUCAUGUUUAUAUCGAUUUUGAAGAGCCUAUAAAUGUUUGGAUGAAGGGUUCACAUAUUAUAAACGAGGUAGAAAAACUGGCAGGCCUAAAUAAAGGAGAUUUAAAUGAUAUAAGAGUUGAAAAUAAAGAAAUAACUUUUAAAGUAAAUCACAAUAAUAAGAAUAUUACUGCUCUUGAUGUUGUGAAGACUAUUGAGAAAUCUCGAAGCACAUUGGAAGAGACAUUUGGAGUGAAUAUUGUCAGAUCUGGAAUUGGCGAUAAGGCAAAACUUCCGGCAAUGUUUGAAAUUCGUCAAGAAGUGAAUCCAAUUAUGUUUGGUGCUAUUGUUGCAAUGGGAGUUGCGGCAGCAAUUGCUGGAUGCACAGUAUUUCUUGUGACAGCGCGACGUCAAGCAAAAUAUCGCGCUAAACUUGCUGGUUUAGCUGCACCUGAUCCUGAAGCAUCAAAGGAUUAUCAAGAACUUUGUCGCGCUCGAAUGCAAGCAAAACAACACGCCGAUAAUAAGCAAGAUUCACCACGAAUAUUCCCUCUAUUAGGACGUAUCAGUGAAUCAAAUAAUUCAUCAUCUAAUCGUUCCAGUACAUCGUCAUGGAUUGAGGAAUCAGCGCUGACAAAUAUGGAUAUAUCAACAGGACACAUGGUUUUAUCUUACAUGGAGGAUCAUUUAAAGAAUCAGGAUCGUUUAGAUGAAGAAUGGUUGAGUAUUUGUGCAUAUGAAGCAGAGCCAUGUUCAACGGCAAUUGCUGAAAAGAACGAUAAUGCGAAAUUAAAUCGUCCAGGUGCUUCAUUGCCUUACGAUCAUUCGCGAAUUGUUCUAAAUGAUCUUGCCAAUGUGAACAAUUCUGAUUACAUUAAUGCUUCAACAAUUACCGAUCACGAUCCUCGAAAUCCAGCGUAUAUUGCCACUCAGGGCGUAAUGCAGGAGACAGCAUCUGAAUUUUGGCAAUUGGUAUGGGAACAAGGUAGUGUUGUGAUUGUAAUGUUGACACGAUUAACUGAAGAAGGAAAGGGAAUGUGCUAUCGUUAUUGGCCCGGUGAGGGUUCGGAACUUUAUCAUAUCUAUGAGGUUCAUUUGGUCUCUGAACAUAUUUGGUGUGACGAUUAUCUUGUACGUUCGUUCUAUUUGAAAAAUCUUCGCACAGGCGAAACACGAACUGUCACUCAAUUUCAUUUUCUCUCAUGGCCAGAAAAUGGAGUUCCACAUUCCACGAAAGCUCUACUCGAAUUUCGAAGAAAAGUCAAUAAAUCAUACAGAGGCAGAUCGUGUCCAAUAAUUAUACAUUGCAGUGACGGAGCUGGUCGAACUGGCACAUAUUGUUUAAUCGACAUGGUCCUAAAUCGAAUGGCAAAGGGUGCUAAAGAAAUUGAUAUUGCCGCAACUUUAGAGCAUAUCAGAGAUCAAAGGCCUGGAAUGGUGUCAACUAAACAACAAUUUGAAUUUGUCCUUAUGGCUGUUGCCGAAGAGGUACACGCAAUUUUAAAAGCUUUACCUAUUCCAUCUAAUGAAAAAUCAUCAUCUUCCACUGCUAUAAACAAUAGUCUUCCUUUAUCUUCAAAUUCAGAACAGUAAAUAUCAUUAUUAAUAAUUUGAUUUCAAAAAAAAAGAAUAAUUAAAUAUAUUGUUGUCUCGUGUCUCUAUUAAUUAUUAUUGUCAUAUUACAAAAAAUUUAUUUUCAUUAUUUUUUUCAAGAUCAUGAAAUUUCGAUAUUUUUAUUUAAUUGCAGAAAAUGUUUUUAAUUAAGGGAAUUUUAUGAAAAGAAUUUUUUUUUUUAAAUUUAAUGCACAAUUUAUAUUUAAUAAGAGAUUUGAAAAAAAAAUUUUAUAUAUUUUUACAAUUUUUUUUUAAUAUUAAAUCUUAUCGACUUGUAGAAUUUUAUUCUAAUUUCUGUCAGUCAGAAAUAUUUCUGUGAUCUCAUUUACUAUUUCAUUUUUUACUUGAUUUUAUAAGGGAUUUAUUUUUUAUUUUCAAUUUAUUUAUUUAGGUAAAUAAUAUUUAAUAGUAAAAUUAAUUUUUAAUGUAACUUUUAAUAGUGAAAAUGUUAUUAAUCUUUAUUUUCAAAUUAAUAUUGUAAUGAGAGAAAAAAAAGAGAGAGUUAAUUCAAAAUUGUUCUAGUACCGCAUGAAAAGUUGAAUAAUUUUAUUAUUUAUAUAAAAUUAAAUCUUCAACAUUCCAUGCGGAAUUUUAUUAAAUGAGAAAAUUUCACCUAUAACUCUAAACAAUGAAAACGGAUAUAAUUGUAACUGAAUGUAUUAUUAUUUUUUAAUUAUAUUAUGAAUAUUUAUAACUGUGAACGUAAAUUAAGAUCGCUACUGAAUUUCUACAUGGUAUUUAAAAAACAAAGAAAAAACUUAUAAUAAAUAUUAAAUAUACAAAUAUUAUAUAUAUAUAUAUGUCAAUAUACAUAAAUGUAUGUGUAUGUAUAUACGAUUGUAUUGAAAGAAAUUUGAUAAUUGAAGGUAAAAGAAUUAGUUUUGCUCAUAUAGAAGACUUGUUACAGAUAGUAAAAAUUAUUUUUUGUCUUUAAAUCAAUUUGAAUUAUUUUAUUUGCUAAUAAAUUAAUUAGUAUAUUUAUAUUAUUAUCGAAAAUCGCAUGGAAAUUUUUUUUUUUAUAGUGGACUCAAUUAUCUUUAUAUAAAUACAGUUAAACCUAAUUAAAUGAGAUUUCCCAGUUAACGAGGUUCGACUGUAUUAAAAAAAUGUUUAACCGUCAUAGGUGUGUGAGUGGUUUUUUUUCAUUGGAAAAUAUGAGUAUCUCAGAUAUGUGUUUAAAAGAAAUGGAAACGAAAAUGCUUUAUAUCAACAGAAAAAAAAAACAAAAUUCAUAGAGACUAAAAUUUAAAUUAUAUUCUAUCAUAAAUAUAUAUAAAGCUCUCGUGUCAUUUAAGUGAAUGAGGAUGACAUGCACUUAAAAAUAUCUGUCGCAGUACAACUUCUUCAAUAAAUUUUAUUCCAUAGCUUCCCUUAUUCCGGAAGAAGUGCUGACAGAAUCUUUUUUUUUGCGCAUGUAUAUAUUAUAUAUACAAAAACAGUCAUAUUAAGAAUCAAAUGAAGACGCUUAUGUAUGUACUCAAAAAAGAAAAAAAAACGAUAAAAGAAAGUCAUGAUUCAUUUUAUUUUAAUAUAUAAUUUGAGAGAUGUAAGCGCCUUAAAAUGGUUCAGAUAUCAAAUAACAUACUUUUUUUUUGCUUCUAAUUAGCCUCUCUAGCAUCAAGCUAAAAAAAAAUUCUAUAUUUUUGUGUAAAAUGAAAUAUAAUAUAUAAAAUAUAAUUAAAUAUAAGUGAAAAAAAGUCUAUAUACGAUAUGUUAUUCAGAAAUAUAACAAUAUGUUGUAACUGAAUAAAAUAAUCUAUGUUCAAUAAAUGUGAAGUAAAUUCA